AUGUCACCAUCGAUUGGAACACCACCUCGAUUAAUUCAACCACCAUCACUGAAUGAUUCACGUCUUAUUAUACCAUCAGUGUUACAAAACAAUAAUAAUAAAUGGAAUUCAAUAUCAUUAUCAGAUGGUCCAUCUAUUUGUAAUGACCCACUCAAUUUAAAUGAUAUAUUUCAAUCUGUAGCACCAACUACAUUUGGAUCAAGUUCGAUUCAAUCGACACCAUCAGUUGGUCAUCCAGCGAUGACUCGUCAAUAUCCAUCAUCAUCAAUAAUUCAAAAUCUUACUAAUACUCUUGAACAAAUAAGAUUUGAAGAUUGUCGUUUGAAUCAACAUUAUUUAUCUACAAACAUACCGAAUAAUAUUGACACAUUUAGUCCGACAACUACUAGUGGUAUAGAUGAUUGUCAACAUGAAAAUCGUCAACGAUGUGCACCAAUUGAUCAUGCUUCUCAAUUAGGAGCCAUUUCUGAUGUGACAGAUGAAGAAGAAGGAAGUACUCGACGUGUUGAUCAACGUCCUUUCUUGACACAAAUUCGUACACUUCAACAUCGAUUUUAUUCAUAUGGUAUUCGUGUUGGUGAAGAAUAUUCUCGAAUAACAUCAAUUCUUAAUAUUCCACCAUUAAUAUCAAUUACAGAAACUGCUCGCGAAAGAAAAAUUGGUACUAAGAAACAAUGGUAUUUUUCACUUUUACUUGAUGGUCAUCUCAUGUUGGCUUAUGUAUGGGAUUCAAAAAAAAAUGAUGCUAAACGACGUGCAUAUGAUACAAUGGUGCAUCUUCUUAAUACAACACAUGAAUUCUCAAUUAAACCAGUGAAAAACAACAAAUGGAAAGUAGUUAAAGCAGCUCGACAACGUUGA